AUGUCCAAUGUCCCUCCCGGUGUUUUCCACGAGGCGGAACCCGUCCAUACCCAUCCAACCUGCGAGUUCUGCAAGAAGAAGUCGCGAUGUAUGGGUCGGGACCCUUCGUUGAAGUUAUCUCGGUGCACAGGCUGUGGUGUCACCCAAUAUUGCUCACAAGAGUGCCAAUUGAAGGACUGGAAACGUAGACACAAGCGCGACUGCAAGAUGUGGCAGUCCGAGCGCGAUAUAGCCGUGUCAGCGUCGGGCAAUCCGCGGGCCUGGAACGACCUCACGCAAUGGCUUGACUUUCACCACGAUACUUUGGCAAACGCGGCUUUGGCGCACGUUAUUACCCUCGUCACCUCCGAGAAAGGGCACGAACAAACACACGUGGCCGCCAUUGUGCUUAAAUACCUCAAUGAUGCCAGUUUGCCCCCACAGCGCAGAUUUCGCUUCCUACAGUUCGCCUUCAAACCCCUUGAUUUCUCCCCAAAUUCUUCACUCGCGGGGCUAGCAUCUGAAGUACCUACUAUCAAGGGGAGGGCAAACCUGGUCAAUCGGUUUUUCCAUAUACGCACGGGGAUCUACAACGUUCAAGUUGAUUUUGGUCACAAGGAUUGGGUCCAGCUGCCUCAAACCUACAUUUUUUCGGACGCGCAUCUCAAGGCCAAACCGGUCCAGUCUCUAGAAAGCGUAGUCGCGGCAACGCUGUACACGGACUUCUCUCGAGGGCGAAGACACCGCUUCUGUUGCGGCCACGUUCAAGAGUUGUCAAGAUGUUGUUGCGGUGGUUGGACGCAUGAGGAGAUCAAGGAUACAGAAGCCCAGGCUUCAGAAGACGUCGUACAGGGGCCGGGGCUUGUUGGAGUUGCGCUGAACUGGCUCGUCGCUUGGUUGAAGUAUUUGGAAGUCUGUAUGAACAAUUUGCAAAUUCACCUAAGAUCUCUCCUUGAUGACGAUAGAGAAGAUAUCGCCACACAACUCUUCCUCGAGGCAAAAACGAGGGCGGAACGGGCUAAACAGCUGGCGGAUGAACGAAGAGCGGCCGCUUCAAGUUCCCUCCCGUCCGAUCCCACCGGUAUCGAACCUGUCAAGAACCAUUCAUCCUCGACUCAGGAUGGUACAACACGCAUGCGUCGUCCAACACCCUCUUCGACUGGUACCGUUCAGAAUACAGAUCCCAUCGGUACUAGCACCGCUAUCGCUGGAUCCACGCUCAACGUGAUACCUUCAUCAAGUAAUCAAACGAGCGAGUUGCAUGGCCUAAAUCCUCGUGACAGCGAGGCAUCCGAGCUGCAGUCUGAUGGGAGGACUACUACCGAGCCCUCUGCCGCACUUCCAGAACUAGCGAGAGCCUCCAACCCUCACGCCGAAUCUGCGGACAAUACCACGAGAGAACAUGGCAGUGACCUUCGCGUUGCACAGAGGCGGGGCCAAGGCAAUGCGGUACGACCAGGCGCGUCACCAGCGAACCUUGGCUGGUUGUCCUUUAUCGCCCUUCAGGGUCUUUUCUUGUGUCAUCAUCUAGGCUUGGUAGAACCUCACACGAUGGAAGAGGCCCGUUCCCGCCGAACUGCGCAGGCUUCUAUCAAGGAAGCGGAGGAUGUGUCGGUCAACCAGGAAGGACAGCACAAACCAGAUACCACCUCCAAUACCCCUAGAUCUGACACUAGAAAUGAAGGCGACAGCGCGAAGUCAAAGGAUCGAAGUGAUGCCACGGCGCGCACUCCAUCACCCAACCCGUUAUAUGCUAUCAACGAAGCUACAGAUUUCGAGUCGGUCUUUGCUGCCCUUCUUGAGGCUCUGGCCGCCGACAUGGUUGCAUCUGCACGUCCGUUGCCUGACUCGCGGUCAGCCCUUGCGGAGGCGUUCAGAGAAUUUGAUGCGGGCACGCAGAGCGAGUGGAUGGCUACUGGAGAGCACGCUGAACAACGCGUCACACAGUCUGAGCCAGCGAUCACUGACACCCUUCGCACGGAUCCCGAACCCGAUGGCACACAAGAACCGGAAACCACCAUCAACACUUCGGAUACUAAUCGCAUCCAAAAUGACGCAGGACAGACAGAUGGUCACCCGCCAAGAUCGGCCUCAAAGAAGAAGAAACAGAAGAAACAGAAGAAAGGAAAGCGCCAGGUCGGACAAGACCCUGCGAGCAGUGUGCCCCCCGUCAACCAUACACCGUCUGUGACGAGUCCUCCCGUCGUCAUUGAAGAAUUGUCCGAGAUAGCCCUUACACGUGUGGAAGAGUCCAUCACUACAGCCGUCGAAACGAGCGGAGACGAUGCACUCGGUUCAGACAUGGCGAGUAGUCAAGCAAGCUCCGAAGCUGGCGACAUCGAUCAGUGUGUGGAAGAUACAUCCCGCGCGUCGAGAGAUGAUGGUCGUUGCAUUGUCGAAGGCUCCUCUCUCGACAUACCCGCAGAUAUAGAAGAAGACGAUCAGACUACGCAAUGGGUUCCCGUUAUGUCCAAGAACGAGAAGAGACAGGCGAAACGCAAAACGCAGGCGCCGAUCCCAGACAGCACUCCUCUCUCCAUAUCGUCGCCGCACAAUACCGAUAGUGUUGGCGUUGACGAACGAAUCGCUACCACCACCAACAACGCUUCUAUACGCGAUGAUGUAGACUGGCAUCAACUGACCACGCAACCCGCUCCGGGUUCUUCCACGACUAAGCCGAGUGAUACACUCGAGGCUCCCCAGAACGUCGCUGCGCAAGAUCGAGGUCUCACCAGUACCAACACUCCGGACGCUUCAGACCUCACUCAUUCAAUCGCUCCGCCGCCUGUAAUCACCAUCUUGCCGACAGCCACCCCUAUCUCAAGGCCCAGCUCUCCGCACGCGACUGCUGCCGUGUGGGUACGCGACCCUCCACCGCACAUACCCACGCAAGCCCGGCCCUCCACUAAGCGCCCAAGUAAGGCUGGAGGAGGACUCAGAGCUCUGGCACAGAAGGCGCCCUAUGCUCGACUAGCAGGUAUCGGAGGCGUCUCCCCCAUUCCAGAUGCUCCUCCUGGGCUCAGUCUCCCUGAUCACCCAUCUGAAAAUGCGCGUCCUGAAGGCGGGGUCUCCGCACUCGUUUUCAACUCUAUCCUUCGCGAAUCAUCGACCUUACGAGAACCCUGGCCGUCUAUUGCAUCGCCUACCCCCACGAAUCAGAAUCCAAACCCCAGCUCGAACCCGCCCAAGAUCGCCGCGCCUUCUUCUUCCUCACAACAACCCAAGCGCAAGAAGUGGCGAUAUUAUACGCCGAAGCAGCCUAAACCCGUGACCGAUAAGCAGAUACCGGGCGCCCCUCGCGCCUCAGAACCGCCCAGAACGGAGAAUGUCAACACAUCGUCUACCGCGUACGCGCGGAUAGAUGAUGAGGCUGCUGCUUUUGUUCCCGACACAGCACCAGGGGAUGCGGCUUCCACCAACCGCCCGCCUCGCGCAGGACGUGGACGCAGGAGACCUCCACCGAAGGCUCCUACUGUCCCUACGAAUACAGAACGCGACUCGGCUCACGUCCCUGACGCUCCGCCUGGACUCAAACAUCCCGGAUAUACCUUCGGUAGUCUGCAAUUCGGUGGUGGCACCCAUCCAUCCUCCCCUCAGGCUCCACACCCGUCAGGCAUUGCCACCGAGCAACCGGCGACGCCCGUACACGAACCAAGCAGUGAGAGAUUGUCGGAAUCGGAGCAGGAAGAGGAUGAAGUGUCUGGAUCAGAGUACGACGGCGCGGAGAGUGAAGAAAGAAGCGAGGCGCAGGACCAGGAGCCAGAACCGACCUGGCCGACUCUUCUUCCAUCUGGGUCCCAAGGCCCAAUGCAUGAAUCCUCGGCGGCCCCUGAGCAACAUGCAGCUCAACAGCCAUACGUUCAAGGCGGUGAUCCACCGUCUAAUAUCUACUAUCAACAUGGAUUUCCGCAACAACCUUACGCAGCGAAUCCGCCCCCGCCAGUGUUCGGCGCACCCUGGCCUCAGCACCAUCCUUACGCCAUACAAGCUAGUGCGGGCCCGUAUCUCUACGGCGCACCGCCUAACCCGUACGCGGGCCCAUAUGGCACAAUGCCUGCCCCAUACGCACAACACUUGCACGCUCCACAGGGUCCGCCUAUGGCGCAGAUGCCUCCGCACGCGCGAGCUCCUGUCCACCAAGAUCCCGCACAAAGGCUUAAAGCCGCGGCGGAAGCCCUCAAAACUGCUGCGCGAGCGCUGGAGAUGGGAGGGAAUCCGCACAUUUAUAACGAGGCAAUGAGGAGAGCUCACACCGCACUGGAUGAGGCUCAUAGUAGAUACGGAAAUAAGUGGAGUGAUCUUGGGCUUGACGAGCUACGAAGGCUGCGUUGA